AUGCCAGCCGCACUCGUGGAAGCCAAUCUCAGCAUCCAAGGAUAUCCUGCACACAAGUGCCUAUUUCCCGGUGAAGCUCACAGUAAACAUGCAUUAAACAAAGGCAUUGGGGCGCUGAUGUAUAAGGAGAUCGCUGCGCUUGUCGAUUCGUUGAAGGCAGGCACUAUGCGCAUCAUCAAAUUUCCCGACGACGAUCGAGCGGCUGCAAUAGCUUCAGAGAAGCCCAUAAUCGAGGGCGAGGCACCUCCUUCUGAAUGGCCCCAUCAUGGCGCGCGACGGUUGUUCCUUGACGGCCAUACUGAUCACAAUGGUCUUCGUCGCCUCAAGCCCAGCACAGCAACUACGAAGGUCAAGAAGGGUGUUAAAGCACCCAAGCACCCUAUACCACCCUCCGAAGAUGAACCCUCUGAUGAUGAAUCAUUGGAGGGUGUAAGUGUCAAUGAUGCAGUUGGAACUUCUGCGCUCGAGCCCCUACCUCAAGUGAACGUGCGAAAGCCUAACUACAAAAUGCGAGUCGAAGUUGUACCUCCACCCUCACGCCCUUUCAAGGUUGUUCGACUUCCUUUACCACUGCCGCGUCCUUCCAAAGCCGUUCCCAUGCCAUCUGGAACUCCGAGUGAGGUUAUCGAAGUUACGUCUACCGAAGAGAAUCCUGUGGGAGAGCCCGACUCUGAGUAUGAAGAAGCAGGACGUGGAAAGAAGAGGAAGCUCAAGUCCGCGAAUACAUCGCGUGCGUCAAAGAAGAUUGCCCCGUCGAUUGAAAAGACUAACGCUUCAAAAGUGGGGAAGAAAGUUGGGCGAGGUAAGAAUAAUGUGCAAUCCAAGGCACCUCCGCCUCCCUUGCCAACCUCAACUACUUUCCCUGCGAAAGGCGGUCCACUAUCCCCAUUAACAGUGGGAUCGUCGACCGAUGGACCUCCAUCACCAGAACAUAUUAAUGCUGGUAAAGCAAUGCGCCUUCGAGACGGACCUUCUGAUGAGUCUAAAAAGGAACAUGUUAAACCACGCCCAGUCACCAAGGGCUCUCGGGUGGUGAUGAAUCGUGGCCUGCGUAUGGUGUACGGGAACUCGGACUCUGAGUCUGACGUCGACAACAGCGUGAAGGCUAAUUCUGCAACCACAACGGGCGUCAUCCCCGAAGCCACUGGUUCAGCUAACAUCCAGUCUGAUCCUUUGGAGGAGAAGUCUGCACAGACGAAGGAUGAAGUAGUAGGAGAUAAGGAAGAACUACCCCCAACCGCCCCAUUGAAUGCAGCGGCCCCCAAUAUUCCCGACCAGCAGCCUCUUCGUGACUCCAACCACCCUCGUCCCCUCACUCCUCACAAGACUCAGGACGAGCGUCCACAUGAUAACCUCCCCCAUGAUGCCCCUCGUGACAGCCCACUGCGCAACGCUCUCCAUGACCCUCCACGCGACCUUGUCCGUGACCCUCGAGAUGAUCAUGACCCUCCACGCGCUCCACGCGACCUUGUCCGUGACCCUCGAGAUGAUCACGACCCUCCACGCGACCUUGUCCGUGACCCUCGAGAUGAUCAUGAGCCUCUCCGUGACCCUCGAGAUGGUCGUGAGCCUCCCCGUCACCCUCGAGAUGGUCGUGAACCUCAUGAAGAUGCUCGAAGUGCUGUUCGCGACCCUACACGCAACCAUCAUGAGGCCGUACGUGACCCUCGUGAUGGCCUUCGCAAUCCUUGGGAUGUUGAUCCUCGUUAUCCUUACACCCGAGGGUACUCCCAUGAACCUGCGCGUGGCCUCGACCGUGGCACUCUUCACCCCCGUGACGCAUUCUACCAUCGCAAUCCCCGCUAUGGUCCACCUCAAGAUCCUUAUGGAUCUGGCGAUAUUCGUAUGGAAAGUGACUUGAAUACUCGAGACAGCUCACCUGUGUCCGAUUUUCAUGGUAACUAUGGUCCUAGUGAGCGCGAACGUGCCUACCCGACCCGGUACGGUCCUGGGGGUGACUUAGGCUAUACUCAUGAAGGUGGAUACAGGUCCCGGCACAAUGACCUCGAUGAGCGUGGGCAAUCACUAUCUCCCUAUCAUAGUCGUCGAGUUGGUGGAGGGAGUUACCGCGAGGAAGGAUACCCUCAAGGCCCCGGUAGGAGAUUUCAGGAUUCGAGAUGGGAUGAAGGUGCUCAUUUGGACUAUGAUGCUAUACCACGAGCAUUCCGUCGCGAUCUGCCCAAUCCCCCAAGGCCUCCUCCCGCUACUUAA